AACCUACCUCGGUGCCCUGUCUUCAAUUCACUCAUGCAGGUAUUUCUUUGGACUCUCAAGGAGACAGGUGCCUGUGAUGUUCCUUUGCUCUACAAGCUUCGCCAUACACAAGAGAAACUACGCCAGAAGUGUGGCGUACCCUCUAUACGAUGCCAGUCUGAACUCGGGAAUGUCUUCUACAUGAAUGAUAUUCGGAGUAUUAUCGCCAAGGAUUGGGCAAACCCCCAGACUCGACCAUAUAUCCAUGUCUAUCCUGAGGUCCCAGAGGGUGGAAUCCGUAAGGUCUGGCAUGCUAAUAAGUGGCGCCACGAGAUGGACACACGGAUGCUCAGCCCGAUGUACGAUGCCGGUGCUGGUAAGCACUUCUAUGUCGACGAGCUGGCCAAGCUGCAGGAUGGAACCUUUGUUAUUCCUAUACGCUGGGUUGUA